AUGCACAUCAUCCUUGACUUGCAUUCAUUACCCGGUGGUGUGAAUUGGCUGGAGAUUGGCGAGGCCAUUGGCCAUGGGGACUGGUUCUACAAUGACACAAACCUUGAGCUAUCCUACCAGGCUGUCAAAGCUGUCAUACAAUUCAUCCAGUCCUCAGGCCACAUCGGAUCGUACACUCUUGCGCCCGUAAACGAAGCAGUUGACAGCGCCGACUUGCGAACCUUCGGAACAGAUCUGGCUCUCUCCUCAAAAGCAGCAGAAUGGCUCCUGAAAUACUUCCUGGGAACGAUAAAGUUGGUGGAAGCUAUCAACCCGAAGAUCCCGGUCAUGCUACAAGAUUCUUUCAGAGGGGAAGCAUUCUGGGCACCACAACUUCCUCGAUCCGCAAACGUCGUCAUCGAUACACAUUACUACUACUUUGCCGGACGAAGCCUGGACUUGGAGAAAGUCCCUGCCGUGAUGGUCGAGGAUGCUAGGAGAGCGCCGGGAACAGGGACUUUUCCUGUGUUGAUUGGAGAGUGGUCGCUGGAGUUCGAAUUCAACAACAAGCUUCAGCUUCGGAAAGAGGUGUUCGAUGCGGGAAGAUACUUGUUUGACAAGCUUGUUCAAGGUAGUUGUUUUUGGGCUGGCAAGGUGCUUAGUCCUGAGAAGGUUAGUGGCGAAGGGGUGAAGAGGGAUUAUUGGAGCUAUUAUCAUCUGAUCAAGGACCAUGUCAUCCAGCCCGUCGAUCCUAGUUUCAAGUACGAAUAG